UUUUAAACAAUUUGGCGGUUCUGGGUUGCAACGCUGCUCGUACUUAAUAAUAUCCUGACACAUGCAACGCAGUGUGUCAUUGCAUGUGAUCCCUGCAGAAAGGUCUGUGCGCACGGGAAAUGAAUUGUGACAUGACACACCUACCGUGGUCAUAUUUUUGAAACUCAGGGUCUACUGCACCUUUUUAGCCUAAAUCGCCUAUCUCAGUCUACAUUAAUCUCUUGCAUCUGUCAUGGCUGACAUCUCAUACAGGCAUUCUUUUCAAUAACCAGGGUGAUUUAUAUACUUAACAAUUUGCCAUACAGUCUGACAUAACACUGCCAUAAGCAUGAUGUUAGACCUGUCAUAACCAGCCAUGACAGCACAUUACAGUUCAUGUGAGAGGGAUGACCAGCGGUGUGACCACCAGCCCGUGUGGAAUGAGUCAAAACAUGGCACAUCAACCCAAAUAGAAUAGAGCAGCCGGGUUUGCGGGAGUCCUCAAGCCUGCUCCUGGAGAACCACUGGGUCUUUUUGCGUUAGUUUUGACCUCAAAAUCAGCAACCAAUUCAGACCAAAGAAACAAUUUGAGAUGAGGUAACAGUGUUGUAAGUGAAUUAGGUAAGGUUAGUAAACCACUGGACAGUGUGGCUCUCCAGGACCAGGGUCAGGGCCUUCAGUAGUCCCAGCUGCUCUCCAGGACCAGGUCUGAGGACCCCUAAACCAUUAGGGGUAGAUGACUGGGUGGCUACACACAGCAGGGCAACGGUUGAGCCAAAACGGGAUUCCAGGACAGAGCUAUAUUGGAGAAAUCACCCCCUGUGGAUGGAGGGAGAGAUUGUGGUCUCUGUCUUUUCAGUCCCUUCAGCAGGCAAGCUAUAAUGUGGUAUUCUGGAUAUUGAACUUGAACAAAGCAAAGGGGUUCCAGAUUCAAAACCCAGGACAGGCAGCUGUGCUGUUGAGUCAGGAAUUGAAUUAUGAAAAUUUUAAACAUGUAAGCUAAAUCUUCCUGGUUAGGACACAAGUGAGUUUUGUUUUCUAUGUUUAAUAUGAAAAUAUACAAGCAAAUGAAGAAAGUUUAUAUUUUCCAUGAAGGGUUAGACUCACAUUAGUGUUUUAUAACACAUAGACAUUCAUAAAACACCGUCAUAGGGCGCACUAUAUCUCCUGUUGUGCUUGUGAAGAUAAAGUACUUAUGAAAUUGAAAUGCACUUCUUAUAUCAGAUCUGUCACAAAAUGUCAAAAGAAAACACUGAACAAAAUAGGCAAGGAAAAAAUGAAAGAUGACAACCAUUUGAAAAGAGACAACCUUUUUUCCCCCAAAACCAGUACCAAAGUUAAAAACCACAAAAAACCUGAUUUCACUAAGUCAAAAUCAAAAUCAUGAAAAGAUGAAAAUGAGGUUGCACAGACAGCUGUCAGGAAGGUAGUGAAAGCCUGGCUUAGAAUAAUUACAUUACAGGGUUAAAGAGAAUCAAAAGAGGGUUAAUCCUUUUAAUCAUUUAAACUCUGUCUGAAUUAUUAAAUGAACACUGAGCAUUUCACAGUGUAGAAAAGACAAGAAAGAUACUGCAGAUGGCAAUCGACACCCCCCUCCCCCCACAAAAACACACACACACACACGUACACAGAUAAAUUAGCAGAUCUGUGAUCUACAUGAUCCAGGCUGCUGCCACCACAUGGAAAAACAAAAACAGCUAACAGAAUGCUCAAUUCUGAUACCAUCUCAGCUGGCCCUUAGUUCACCAUUUUGUUCUGGCACCAAAGAGAACCCACAGUUUAAAAACCAACCAAUUAACAAUCACAGCAGCUGCUGUGGAUAUUUGUACUGGGCACAGGGAGAAUGAGGAAGAAGCCAGCCAGGUAGGGCUGUAUAUUAUACCUGACAUGACUUGACUUUGAUACAUACAAUGCCUGUGGUCUGCACUGUGUGUUUGGGUAUGGAACGAUGAGUGGUUAGGAGGCAAACCUAAAUUUUGAACCUUCCAAGGACCACUGUUGAGUCCAUUGUAAUGAAAUGAAGAAUAUGGAGAAUAUAGCACAAUGCAGACACUGCCAAGAUCAGGCCAUCCUGCCAAACUGAGCAGGGACAUUGUCAGAGAGGAGACCAAAAGGACAGCUACAACACAGAGAGGUGCAGACCUGAAAUGUGAACACCUGGAAUGUGAGCUAGCCAAGCAGUUUGUUGACUUCAAAACCAGAGAUGUUGGGGUUUGACCCAAGCCCCACCUGCUGUGUGGUUCUGGACCCCACGCAUGGACAGCCCUCUUUGUGGGAGUGCCUAACUAGCUACACCCCCUUGCAGGCUCAGCGGCUUCUCUGCAGGCCCCUGGUCCUCUGACCCUGGAGAGCUUCUGGACUCUGCUAGUUUUUCAGGUUGCAGUGUAUGGGUGGUCUGCAGCGUGAAACUGCACGUGAUGCAGCCGUGCCACAGUGUAAGACACUCACCAGGAGAGAAGCAAGUCUGCGCAAGCAAGUUCUGUUUCCAGAGAUAAUACACAAAGAUGAAGACAGCCACCAACAUCUACAUCUUCAACCUGGCGCUGGCGGACUCGCUGGUGCUGGCCACCCUGCCCUUCCAGGGGGCCGAUGUGUUCCUGGGGUUCUGGCCCUUUGGAAACCUGCUGUGCAAGGUGGUGAUCUCCAUCGACUACUACAACAUGUUCACCAGCACCUUCACGCUCACCAUGAUGAGCGUUGACCGCUACAUCGCUGUCUGCCACCCCGUCAAAGCGCUGGACAUGCGCACCCCCGCCAAGGCCAAGGUGGUGAAUGUCUGCGUCUGGGCACUGGCCUCCGCCAUCGGGGCCCCCGCCAUGAUGAUGGGGGACGUGGAGGUGGAGCCUAAUGGGAUCGAGUGCAUCGUGGUGCUGCCGGACCCCCGCAGUUACUGGGACCCGGUGUUUGGCGCCUGUGUGUUCGUCUUCUCCUUCGUGGUGCCGGUGGCCAUCAUCAGCGUGUGCUACAGCCUGAUGGUGCGGCGGCUGCGCAGCGUGCGCAUGCUGUCCGGCUCGCGCGAGAAGGACCGCAACCUGCGCCGCAUCACGCGCAUGGUGCUGGUGGUGGUGGCCGCCUUCGUGGUGUGCUGGACGCCCGUGCAGAUCAUGGCGCUGGCGCAGUCGCUGGGCGUCAACCUGGGCAGCCUGCUGACGGUGGCGCUCAUGCACUUCUGCAUCGCGCUGGGCUACGCCAACAGCAGCCUCAACCCCGUCCUCUACGCCUUCCUGGACGAGAACUUCAAGCGCUGCUUCCGCGGGUUCUGCCAGCCCGUGGGCUUCCCGCUGGAGAUGCAGCAGUCCAGCCGCCUCCGCAGCAUCGCCCGGGAGAUGCCCUGCGACGGCGUGCCGCCCCCCGACAGCGUGGUGCCCCCGGAUCGCGGCAAACACACCUGACUAGGCUUGGAGCCGGACAGGGUAACCAAGGAGAUACCUGGACCGAGCGUCGGGGGUGAACUGACCCAGAUUACCACCCUCUAACUCUGCAGGGACGCACAUAUACGCAACACACACGCGUUAUGCACAUACUUGCUGUACACAUGAACACACUAGAAGCGCACAACAUUAUUUGCAAACACACACAUGCUAUACAUGCACAACCAUGAAAAACAUACGUUAUUAUAAGCAAACACACACGCUAAAGAACGUACAAAACACACACAUGCACAUACAAUACACAGACACGCUAUUACACACUGACCUGGAUUGCAACCCUCCAACUCUACAGGGACACUCAAGCACACUGUACAGCAAACGCCCUUAAAACACAUGCAUACUUUUCAUACGCAGGAUGAAGGGGCUUUUUUUUUACUUGAACAGUUGUUGUCUUAAUGUAAGUGACGGUGUGGAUUUUGAGUGCAGUGGCUCCUUGCCUUCUGAUGAUAGCUGUGAAGUCAGCAUCAGUGUGGAGGGCAGUGUUAGCAGAGGAAGGGGUGAAAGAGCAGGGUGACGCUCUCGCAGUAAUGGUUGUUCAGUUAUUUAUUUGUGUUUAUUUAUUUCCGGUGCUCUGUGGGUGUUCAGAGCCUGGAAUACAGACCAAUCCAUGGCCUUAAAUACUCCUCUGCCUGAGCGAUUCAGACCCUAUCUGUGCGUCAUUGCCACUCUUCCGCUCUCGCCAAGACGCGGAAUGUUCUAGCCUCUCUCUCUCUCUCUCUCUGUGGCUCUGCAGAUCUCUUAUGGUGCAAAAACACCAGAUGCUUAAUUUCCUUUGGGCUGUUUUUAAAAUGUCUUUUAAAGAGAAAACAAAACAAAAAAUGUUUUCUAUGAUAUUGUGUUUUGUAACUUAAAAGAUUAAAAAAGGCUUUUGCAACUGAAAAGUUUUGCUGAAGAAAUGCAAGUGGUGUUUGUCAUAUCAAUAUUCAUGUGAAUAUGAAUGUACAGCAUAAUAGUCCAUCAAUACUUUACCUUUCAUCCAAUAGCUAUUCAGCUGUUCUGUGGUUGUUCUUUGUAUAUUACUGUUUGCUUUCUGCAUAGUAUGUGACAUGAAGACAGACCUGCAUAGCAGCUGCGUAAAAUUGAAUGUCAGUUGACUGAGUAAAACCAAGAAAAGAAUAAAAUCAUUUUUAAAAAUGUUA